UUAUUACUAACGACAGAUCUCAUCAAGUAAAAAGUGGUAGAAACCCAAAAAAAUUAAAUAAGGUGUCGCGCAAAUUUAAAAGUGUAGUGACCAUUAAACCACAGACUAAAAAUAUAAUUGUUAAUAAUAGUGAGGGUAGUAGAAAUGAUGAAAGUGAGUUAAUGAAUAAGAAGAAAGCUGAAAAUGAGAGUGUGUGGCCUGUAAAACAUGCGGCGGUACUUGAAGGGGACAUUAUUCUUGGUGGACUAAUGAUGGUGCACGGGCGCGCGGCGGGCGGCGGCGGCGCGGCGCGCUGCGGGCCGCUCAUGGCGCAGGGCGGCGUGCAGGCGCUGGAGGCCAUGCUGUUCGCGCUGGACGAGGCAGCCCGCGCCGGCCUGCUGCCCGCGGGCGUGCGGCUGGGGGCGCUGGUGCUGGACGACUGCGACAGCGACACGCGCGGCCUGGAGAUGGCGCUGGACUUCAUCAAAGGUUCCAUCAGCAACAUAGAUGACGAAGAGUAUGGCUGCAACGCGACAGCAGUGCGGAAGGUCAUCUCUGGAGUGGUGGGCGCAGCGUCAUCCGUCACUUCCGUCCAAGUCGCUAAUCUUCUACGACUGUUUAAGAUUCCUCAGGUGUCGUUCUUCUCUACGUCACCCGAGCUAUCCAACAAGGCGCGCUUCGAGUACUUCACGCGCACCAUCCCAUCCGACCUGCACCAGGCGCGCGCCAUGGUGGAGAUCGUCAAGCGGCUGCGCUGGCGCUACGUGUCCAUCAUCUACGAGGAGUCCAACUAUGGUAUUAAGGCUUUUGAGGAAUUGGAGACUCUCCUUCAGCGAGAUGACAUCUGCAUCGCGGUGAAGGAGCGCCUGGCCAAGGACUCCGGCGCGGCAGACGAGAAAGCCUAUGACGCGAUAGUGGAGAGGCUGCUGUCACGGCCGAGGGCUAGAGGCGUGAUCGUGUUCGGCUCGGACCAGGAGGUGGCGGGCGUGAUGGCGGCGGCGAGGCGGCGCGGCGCGGCGCACGCGUUCAGCUGGGUGGGCUCGGACGGCUGGAGCGCGCGCGCGCUGGUGGCGGCGGGCAACGAGCCCGUGGUGGAGGGCACGGUCAGCGUGCAGCCUCAGGCCAACCCGGUCAGGGGCUUCCAGGAAUACUUCCUGGCGCUCUCGCCGCAGAACAACCCGAGGAACCCCUGGUUUGUCGAGUUCUGGGAGGAGCAGUUCCGCUGCCGUCACCCGGGCAGCUCGCGCGCGGCGCACAACGCGCACUACGCGCCGUGCUCGGGCCGCGAGCGCCUGACGGCGGGCAACACCGAGUUCGAGGCGCAACUGCAGUUCGUGGCGGAUGCAGUGUGGGCGUUCGUCUAUGCCAUCAGGGAUAUGCACAGAGACCUGUGCGGAGGCCGCGCGGGGCUGUGCGACGCGAUGCGGCCCGUCAGCGGACCCACGUUGCUGCGAUACCUUCGACAAGUGCGGUUUAUAGGCCUCAGCGGCGACGAGUUCCACUUCGACGCGUACGGCGACGGGCCGGCGCGCUACAACAUCCUGCACUUCAAGCAGGUGGCACGCGACGUGUACCGCUGGGUCAAGGUGGGCCAGUACUUGGACGGGGAGCUACAACUCGACAUGGACGAGAUCCAGUUCAAAUGGGACGAGCCCCAUCACCCGGAGUCGGUGUGCAGCGCGGAGUGCGAGCUGGGCCAGGCCAAGCAGUACGUGGAGGGCGAGAGCUGCUGCUGGCACUGCUUCAACUGCACGCAGUACGAGAUCCGGUCCCCCACGUCGGCCACGGCGUGCGUGGAGUGCGCGCGCGGCACGUUGCCGGACGCGCGCCGCACGCACUGCGCGCCCGUGCCCGAGCUGUACCUGCGCGCCAGCUCGCCCGCCGCCAUCGGCGCCAUGACCUUCUCCGCCGCCGGCAUCCUGCUCACCAUGCUGGUGGGCGGCGUGUGGCUGGCGCGAUGCGGCACGCCGGUGGUGCGCGCCAGCGGCCGCGAGCUUUCGUUCGUGCUGCUGGGCGGCAUCCUCCUGUGCUACCUGGUCACCUUCGCGCUCGUGCUGCGCCCCACGGACUUCCUGUGCGCUGUGCAAAGGUUCGGCACGGGAUUCUGCUUCACCGUGGUAUACGCUGCCCUCCUCACCAAAACUAACAGGAUCGCGCGAAUAUUCGACGCGAGCAAGCACUCCGCCCGCCGACCGUCGCUUAUCUCUCCUAAGUCACAACUCCUCAUAUGUUCUAUCUUAGUUUCCAUUCAGGUAGUAAUCGUUGUAGUCUGGCAAUUGGCAUCGCCGGCACGAGCCAUCCACCACUAUCCAACUAGAGAGGACAAUAUGUUAGUGUGCGACUCGUACGUGGACGCGUCCUAUACUAUAGCUUUCUUCUACCCGGUCGUGCUCAUCGUCAUCUGCACGGUGUAUGCUGUGCUAACGAGGAAAAUUCCAGAAGCUUUCAACGAAAGUAAACAUAUUGGGUUCACAAUGUAUACUACGUGUGUUAUUUGGUUGGCAUUUGUGCCAUUGUACUUUGGCACGGCGAGCCACGUCCCUCUCCGCGUGACCAGCAUGGCGGUUACUAUAUCUUUGAGUGCCAGUGUCACACUGGCUUGCCUGUUUGCGCCGAAGAUGUACAUAAUCUUAAUUCGGCCGGAGCGCAAUGUGCGCGGGAACCUGCUGCCGUCCAAGUGGCGCGCGCGCGGGGCGCGGGGCGCGGCGCCGGGGGCCGUUUGCGCGGCGCUGGUGGGGGCCGCGCCGCUGCCGCGCAACACGCCCUCCACCGACCUGUCCACGCUGGACACCACAGAGCGUUCAACAUCCACCGACCGGCAAGUCCAGACGGAAGAUAUCAAGACGACUCCAAAGAACGGCGCCAUAGAGCGGAAUGGGCUCUGCCUGGACCCCAAGAAGCUAGCAGAACUCGGAGGACUACCGGAGUUCCAACAACCGAGUGGUGCUGCUCUCAGGCGGAGAGCCACCGCCGAGCCCGCGAUGCGAGUGGCCGUCGCAGUGGUGGGUGCCAGGCCAGUGUUAUAGCGAGUCGCCAGGCCGCCGCGAUUGCCGGUCCUUGUGUGAUGAUAUAUUUGGUGAUGGUGAUAAGAGACUGCUUAAGCUUACUCAGCAAAGUGAAGAAAAAUAGUUAGUGGCACCUAUUUAACAAAACUCUCUGCGGCUUAAACUCAUUUUUCAAGUUGCCGCGUUUACGUAGCUUAGUUAAUUUAAGUAUGGAGGUAACAAUUUAUUACAAGACCUUCGAUUUGAUUCCCAGAUCGGGCUUGCAAUCUUCUGAAGACGAAGAUAUUGUUAUAAGAUUGAGAAGUCCCUUAUCACCUGUACCUACUCAGUUAAUUGCGACUUUUCACCUUCAAAAUAAAACAUUCCAGUUAUUGUUGUCAAAGUGUUUGUAAAGUGUCAAAGAAGUCUAUUUCUUAUCGUCUACAUGCAGUGCAUAUUGAACAUUAUGUUUUUGAAGAGAUUACCGAACGAAAUUAUGUGAUACUAAUU